AUGAGUGAAAAUAGUGCAAACGGUGAAGAACAGAAUGAAGUUCUUAGUGUGGAGCAAGAGUACGAGCUUUGGAAAAAGAAUUGCCACUUCAUGUAUGACUUUGUUUAUGAAUCACAUAUCAAUUGGCCAUCUUUAUCAAUACAGUGGCUUCCAGAUCUACAGCUAAGUAAUGAUGCUGUCAAUGCCAAUUUGAUCCUCGGUACAAAUACAUCGGGAGCUGACACAGAAAAUGUCAAGUUGAUGUCCACCAAUUUACCGUAUUAUCUAAUGAAUAAUGAAGACACUGGUGAUGCCACAGAUAAAUCAAAUAUCAAGACGGCUACCAAAAUCAAGAUCAAGAAAAAGUUCAAGCAUUUCAAUACCGAAGUCAAUAGAACUAGAUAUAUGCCACAGAACCAAAACAUAAUUGCCUCAAUUUCAGGGGAAGGCACUGCUUAUGUGUUUUAUAAUGAUGUAAAUAAAAAGGGAAAUAGAUCACCAAUAUUGAGCUUGAAGCAUCACAAAGAUAAUGGGUUCGGUUUAGAUUGGAGCCCAUUUGUUGAAGGCCAGCUUCUAACUGCUGCAGAUGAUAAGGAAAUUUGUCUCUGGGACAUAAACUAUAAAGCCGUUCAAACCAAAUUCGAUGAAAGUGAAAUCAAAAUGGAUAGUAUCAAACCACUUCAUGUUGUUAGCUCGCAUAAAGACAUUGUCAAUGAUGUGAAAUGGCAUAAAUUUGAUCAAAAUUUGUUUGGAUCGGUUUCAGAUGAUAAAAGUUUGAUGAUAUUUGAUACCAGAGACUUGUCCAAACCAGCGAUGGUCAAGGAAAAUAUACAUCUGGACUCUGUCAAUUCAUUGGCUUUCUCUACGUUUUCCAGAAAUUUGCUAGCCACCGGGUCGUCCGAUUCGAGCAUUGGCUUAUUCGACCUUAGAAACUUGAACUUAAGAUUACACUCUAUGAUGGGACACUCUGAAUCGAUUACCUCUCUUGAAUGGUCUCCACAUACCGAUGGGUUCUUGGCCUCGGGAUCAGAAGAUCGAAGAGUGAUCAUUUGGGAUAUUUCCAAGAUUGGAGAAGAGCAAUCCCAAGACGAUGCUGAUGAUGGUGCCCCAGAAUUGUUUAUGAUGCAUGCAGGUCAUACAAGCAUGGUUACUGACUUAAGCUGGCACCCUAAUGAAAAGAUGAAAUGGUUGUUGUCUAGUGUUAGUGACAAUAACGUGAUUCAGCUUUGGAAACCAACAAAGAAUCUUACUGAUCCUGUCGAUGGUUGGGACAAUAACGAUGUUGAAUUAAAAGAUCUUGAAUGA